UUUUAAUAACACACAAAAUAUAUACAAAUAGAAAAUUUUUUCGGAUCCCAAAAAAAUAAAGCCAAAAACAUAAGAAUGUCCAUCGUCGAGGCGAAGUGUGUGUCGAAGGAGGGCGAUGCCAGUCAGUACCAACAGAAUAUUGGCAGACGCAGCUUCUUAAUCACGGUGGACGAUAAUGGUAAAGUCGAGGUUAGUCCCAGUGGCCAAUGUGAGCAGGUGCUGGGCCCGAAGAAGAUGCACACCGUCUCUCGCAAGUCGUCAAGGAGGGGCAAGCAGCGCAUACGCAUAGCCGUGGUCGAGGAGCAAGCCGGCAGCUCGGAUGGCGAGCUGGAUAACAUGGGGGGGACGAACGAUGUGAUGAGCAUCAAUGCACAGUCGCUGGAGACGAUGCACGAUCGCUUCGUCAAAAUCUACAAUAAGAAGCUGCGCGGCAAGCCAAGCUUUGUGGUGCUAGAAGAUGCGCUGGUGCGCAAACGGGUGGAGCAAACCAUGCAGGGACCCAGCCGCCAGACGCACGCCGAGCAGCAGACCACGUCAGCCGAUGUGGGCGCUCACAUGGGCUCCCAAACAGACGAGUUCCUGCUCCAGUGCGCGAUGCGAUCCAGCGCGCUCAGCAAGGGCAGGAGCCGAGGCUGCCAGGCGACAGACGUCAGCUGCAAGCUGCCGCAGUGCGCGCAUUGCGGAAGCGCUGGCCAUAGAACUAACACGAAUGAGCCGCUGCAGCGGCUGAGCGAGCUGUGUGCCGUGCAACUGGCCAACAAGUUGAAGCAAGCGAGUGUUGCACCACCAACUGGACGCUCACAGACGGGGACUACGCCUCACGUGACCAUCAGCUUCUUGCCGGCCGCCACAGAAGAUGCCUCCACACAGCCGCAAUCUCUGCAAGAGCAACAGCAACAGCAACAGCAACAGCACCAAUUCCUGCCAGCAACAAGUCUCUCUCAUAUAUAUGCAAAUUGCCCACAUAUGCUGCCCGCUGGCAGCUGCAACAGUUGCUGCAAGUGCUGCGCACAACAACAGCAUCCUGGCACAGCAGCAGCCUAUGGCAGAUGCUGCAGCAGUUGCUGCUUGCUGAAACCGACAAUGGCGCAAACCAUGCUUGGCUUCAGCCAUGCCCCGUUUAUACCUAGCCAUUGCAGUCUCCAUAUGUUGCCAGCGCCCGAUGCAUUUGCACUGCAGCACAGAGUGCAGCCAGCAGCAGGUUGCACAGCCCCAUGGCAGUGUUAUGGAACGCCACCGGCCAGCAUGACCACUUGCAACAUGCCGCACUGCUUACACUGCCAGGUGCAGCCGCAUUCUUGCACAGCUCUUUGCAACGAUUGCCAGCAGCAGCAGCAGCAGCAGCAGGAGUUACAUCAGCCAUACGUCUGCCUUUGCGACAGAAGCUGCUCAGAUGUUACGCCGUCAAGCACGGCGGAGCAACAGUCAUCUAAGUGUCAAUUACGUUCUAAGAAACCACGCGAGGAAGUGGAGCAUUCAGCAAAUAACAGGCAGAGGAAGGACUUACAGCGGGUCGUGCAGGGGGAUAUAGAGGUGGGAAUACAAGCGGAAGAUACACAGGAGAAAGCGGGAACGGAGCUGCAAGGCAACGCAUCCCAGAUGACAGUCAGGGAUAUUAACCCGUACAGCGUGAAACGCAGGAGUGUGAAGAAGUUCGGCGUGCAACAGCUCAAGGAGCGCAACAAGGCGGGCAGUAGCUGUCCGCCUGGAAAGGUGUUUAUGGCACGCUUUGGACGUACCUGCUUGAUACUGAAACCCACCACGACUUCAAUGCCGGCACGACUCUUGACAAAACGCAUCAGUCGCUACACCUUGCGCAGAUCGGCCAUGAACUAAAAAUUAAUUCAUAAUAAAACUGAGCUAGAUCCGAA